AUGAAAGCUAAUGGAAACUUGAAAUUAUUUGUUAAGCCUCAAACUUCUUCUGCAUUAAGCAGACCUCAUUCAGUGAAAAUCAAAAAAAAAUAUGCAAGGCCUCAAUCAGUCGAUUUUGCGAAGAAAAAAGCAGCGGUUUUAAAAAGUUUGUCGGUAAAUAGCUCAUUUGCAAACUUCGAGACAGUCAAUAACUGUAAAGGCUCUUCUAAUAAUAGCAAGAGAAAUUCCAAUAGAAAUGAGACAGGCUGUGCUCUUGAUGAUCCAAAACUUCCGCCAGUAAACGAAAUGGAGCAUACAGUUGGGCAAUGCUAUUGCUAUUUAUGCACUUGUGGAAAGCAUAAAUGUCCAGGGGAAUAUAAGCCUAACACUAAAUUUGCAAUGGCACAGUUUUCAACAAACUAUAAAAUUGAAUAUUAUAAGAUUGGAUUGGGUUAAAUUUCUAGCAGAUUUUUAGGGAUUAUUUCAGCCCCUCGCCAUCUGACGAUAGCUUCGCGCUGGCCUUAAGCACCAUCAUCAUACCUGAUCUUUGGCACUUGAAGGCACCAAAAUGGGUCACAGAAGUCUCUCUAGGAGACUGCCCUCCCCGUCUUCUGGGCUCCAGCCAACGAAAAAGGCUCCUUCAACUUCCAACAGAGCUCGGAAUAUUGGCAGACCGCCUCUGCCUCCUUCAUGACUUGUCUUAGGCGUAUUACGGGCUCAGUAAUGCUCCCAUGAAAUGCCGAAGGACGUUGCAUCGGUAGGCACGUCUGCAAGCCAAGGGAAAAAAAGGUCCGGGUUCAGCCCCUGAUCCAAAUUCCCUCCGGAGAGAAUUACCUCAAUGUGGCUCUUCUCCUCAGGGUCCGGAUCAACUCAGGGACCACCAAAGCCUAUAUCAGAUAUCGCCAUUUUAAUAAUUCUUAAUAUUAUAAGAAGAAAAGAUUUCCAAUCGUUAACUUAGUAAGUAAUCCAUCUUACAGUCCGAAUAAAUUUCCUUUUGAAAAUAUCACAAUAAAACGGCAGGACUAUAAACCUCAUCAAAUAGAGCCUCAAAAAAAAUUAGAAAAAGAAGGAUCGAAGGACCAAAAGCUUAAAUUUGCUGGGAGGAGCACAUAUGAUGCUGAUUACUUGAACUGAGGCCCUGCAUUCAUUGAAAAAUCGUACCAGCAAUCUUUACCAUACAGACCGAAGGAAGUGAAAAUGAAUAUUAAAUCAAGCUAUAUUGAGGAGUUUUCAAAAAAGCUGCCGCUUGAAAAUAAAGAAGCCAAUGCUUUUUCAAAAUCUUUGGCUUUGAAUAAUUGAAAGAGCUCAGACGUUUUCCCACCGAAUUCAAUAUUUAUAGGAGAAAGCUCAACUAAAAAGGAUUUUGGGUCAUAUAAGAUUGAUAAGAGGCCAACUAAAGAAAAAGGGAAAAUGGAUGAAGUUGUACCUAAGCAGUCUUGGAUGGGACAAUAUAGCACAACUUAUAACGAUUCCUUUACAGGGGAAUCAGAUGUUCACAUUCCUGACUCUCUUCUUGAGAUGCUUCUUCCUUUCAAAUAUGAAGAAUAAAAAUACAUAAAGAAGAAUUUCUUUCAGAUUAUAAAAAUUCUUUUUAAAAUUCAAAUUUAUAUAAUAAUUUGGAUUUUAUAAUGGAAUCCGUUUAAAAUUUAAUAGAAGAGAUAGAGAUCCAUAUAAAAUCAUAAUUAUAUUUUAUAUAAUAAUUUUUUACUUAUUUGGAGAGGAGGCUAAUUCCAAAAAUAGGAAUUUUUUGUUUGCUCAUCAAUUAAGGAGUAAGAAAAAGGAAUUACUAGGAAGAAAGUCACAAAACAGUUUUUAUUUAUAG